CUCCUUUUCCAAUUCUCGGUCUGAAGCCCACCGGAAACUGAGACACGUCGGCGGUCUCUGAUCGCAUCACCGAUGGAGGAUUUCAAUGUAGAAUUGCUUUACAAGUUCAGGCAAUUAAAGACAGAAAAGUUCUCGGAGCAGGAUCGAGUUAUGGAAGAUCAGGAAAAUAAGUUUAAGAAAUAUGUUUCGGUGUCGGAAGAGGUCAGCGAUUAUCUGCAUUCGUCAAUUUGGGAGUUGAAAACACAAGUCAACGACUUAAGAAGAGAACUGGUUUCUCUUAGGGCCACAAAAGAUGACCAGACUACAGAAUACCAGAAGCAGUUAUUGGAAGAGGCGCAUAAUGUGGAGGUCUUAAAGCUGCGUUUGAAGAUCGAAAAGGAGAGGACCCAAGCACAUGCUAAUGACUUGGUUUCUCUUAUGCAAGAAACUCUUAACUCCACUGGAAUUCCAAUUGUUCAAACAUUCUUGUAGCUAAAAAAUUGGCUGUUGAAGCAUGUUUACCUUGAUUUCAGGGCUGCAAAGGAUGAGGAAAUCUUGGAGUACCAGAAGCUUUUGAUGGAAGAGAAGCAGAAGAACAAAGAACUUUCUGAUGAAAUAGAGAGACUUAAGAAGCUGCAAGAGGAGCUUAUUUCAAGCAGAUUGAAGAAUACAAAAGACGCACAACUGUGUGUUACUACUGCUGGUGGUCAUGUCUCACGAGAAACAACCAAACACAAAAAGAAGACAGGGGGGACAAUGAUGAUUAACCUUUGAGCUUAAGUAUCGGUAGAGAUGAUUAGGAUGUACAUCGUGAACCAACUCCGCAACAUUUGGAUCGUUCGUUGGAGCCAACAUUAUGCUUUUAUUUUGCACAGUUGAGACCUUUGGUAAAACUACGAAGUAGGAACCAUUACCUGGGCGACGUCACAGUGGUAUGUCUGACGCUUUUGGCCAUGUCAGCAUGCCAGCUCACUAAUGGUUGCUUAGCUGUCAGCUUGAUAUUUGCCAGGUUGAGCUGUUAGGAUUACAAUUCGUUUAUGUAGCUAUAAGCCUUGGAAGUAAAAACCUCCCCUAUGUUGUUCAUCUUAACGACUCCACUAAUCAAAUAUCAGUAAGAGUCUCUCUCGGUGAAUUCAUCUUUAGAUUUGAGAUUUAGA